AUGCUCAACAAAAUGUCUGUCAAUGUGUCGUCGGACACAGAGAGACAGUCCGGCCAUGAGCUCUACAUGUUCAAUGAUGUUGUCAACUCUCUAUCAUGGUCGAACAUCACACUGACCGUUGAAGACCGCUUGACUAAGAAACCCAAAGACUUGGUCAGCAAUGUCGGUGGCUACGUCAAGGCUGAGGUUUUGGCACUCAUGGGCCCUUCUGGCAGUGGAAAGACGACCCUCUUGAACAUACUUGCCGGUCGUGCCUCUGGUACGAGCGGCACUGUGGCUGUCAAUGACGCUCGCGUAUCCACCCCGGUCUACAAGAAGCUCACGUCUUUCGUCGAACAAGAGGAUGCGCUUGUAGGCUCACUGACUGUCCGAGAGACUAUGAACUUCGCAGCUCGUCUUGCCCUUCCUAGAUCUGUUUUGAAAAACGAAAAGGGAAGCAGAGUCCAGAGCUUGAUCGACAGCUUUGGUCUCAAGAAGCAAGCUGAUACUCUGAUCGGCACACCCAUCCGCAAGGGCAUCUCAGGAGGCCAGAAGAGACGUGUCAGCGUCGCAAGUCAACUGAUUACCGCACCCAAAAUCCUCUUUCUCGACGAACCCACCAGCGGACUUGACUCUGUGGCCAGCUUCGAGGUCAUCUCCCUGCUGAAGAAGUAUGCUCAGCAGCACCAGCUCAUCGUUGUAGCCAGCAUUCACCAACCAUCAGCCGCCACCUUCAAGCUCUUCGGCAAGCUGCUACUACUAUCUCAGGGCCAAACCUGUUACUUUGGUCCCGUUCCGGAUGUCGCACCCUACUUUGCCAGCCUCGCUAUGCCGGUUCCAGAUCUGAUGAACCCUUCGGAGCACAUCCUCGACCUAACGAAUACCGACUUCGACUCAGAAGAUGACGAGGGAAACAUUACCGCUCAACGUCUUCUCACUAUCCAGUCUGCAUGGAAGGCGCAUGGCAAUACUCAGAACAGAGUGUCUUCUAGACUCGAGAAGAGCGAGACUUUAGCAGGCUCUCAAGGACCUGGUCUGGCUCAUGAUCUAGGCAUACCCAUCACCCUGCUGCAUCGUCUCUUCCUCAAAUCCUAUCGCGACAUUGUCACCUACUGGAUCCGUGUCGCCAUGUACAUGGGUCUUGCAGUCAUGAUGGGCACUGUUUGGCUCCGGCUCAGUACCAUUCAAAAAGACAUUCAGUCUUUCGUCAAUGCACUAUUCUUCGGUAGUGCCUUCCUGAGCUUCAUGGCUGUCGCUUACGUGCCUGCCUUCCUCGAGGACAGAGCCAUCUUCGUCAAAGAGCGUGCCAACGGUCUGUACGGACCUUUGUCAUUCGUCGUGUCCAACUUCCUCAUCGGCUUGCCUUUUCUCUUCCUCAUAUCCAUCCUCUUCGCUGCCGUCACCUACUGGCUCAUCAACUUCCGCCCUGAUGCCACCGCCUUUCUCAUACACGUCAUGUGGCUCUUCCUAGAUUUGGUCGCUGCCGAGAGCCUGGUCGUCCUCGUCUCGUCUCUCUUCCCCAACUUCAUCAUUGCACUCGCCCUCGUGGCUUUCGCCAAUGGUCUCUGGAUGUCUGUCGGCGGGUUCCUCGUGCCUACUGGAAGCCUCAACGUCUUUUGGCGCUAUGUCUUCCACUACAUCGACUACCAGGCCUAUGUGUUCCGCGGCAUGAUGGUCAACGAGUUUGACGGCCGCACCUAUUCUUGUGCUGGCAACGUUGUUACUGGAUGUUCUUGUGCCUACGAGAGCGAACUUUCGGGUCAAUGCAAGAUCGAUGGCAAGGCUGUGCUGCAAUACUACGAUUAUCCCACUGGCCAGUUGGCCAAGACUGUCGGCAUCAUGAUUGGCAUCAUUGCUGUCUACCGUGUGCUUGGGUACCUGGCCUUGCGCUUCAGAAAGUAG